CUCCCCCAGUCCAGGAGUCGAGAAGGACUGGUAAAAAGGACGCAGCGUGGACCCUGACCCCUGGGGCGCUGAGCCCCGCGAUGCUGCGGGUUGUCUUGGUGAUCACCUCGGUCCUCUCGCUGGUCCGAUCCCGGUCGCAUUCUCUGCAGUAUUUCUACUUGGCUGUGUCGGACCCCAGUCCAGGAGUUCCUGCCUUUCUGGCCACUGGCUUCGUGAAUGAGCUGCCCUUCAUCCAGUACAACAGUGAGGAGGAGAAGGCAGAGCCUCUUGCUCACUGGUUGACAGAAGACCCGAGUUACUUUGAUGAUGAGACCCAAAUCUUCUUAAACCGGAUGAAGCUUUUCCAGUUAAGUCUGAGAAAUGUGCAGAGCUACAACACCACCUUCCUGGACUCCCUGCUCCCCGUGCAUGCAGGUUCCCAUACCCUCCAGUUCACCUACGGCUGUGAGUUGUGGGAAGAUGGCAGAAAGAGAGGACACUGGCAGUAUGGCUAUGACGGUAAAGACUACCUGAUCUUAGAUAUGGACUCUCCAGAAUACCGGGCAAUCUCACCCCUUGCCAGCCACACCAAACGAAAGUGGGAGGCCAAUGGGAACAAGAUAGAACAGGACAAGAUCUAUUUGGAACAUGAAUGCAUCUUGUGGCUGAAGAAGUAUUUGAAGCUCGGAGGACAUUCUUUGAGGCGCACUGAGGGUCCCCAGACCCACCUGACCCACCACCCCACCUCUGACCAUGAGGUCACCCUGAGGUGCUGGGCCCUGGGCUUCUACCCUGCGGAGAUCACCCUGACCUGGCAGAGGGAUGGAGAGGACCAGACCCAGGAAAUGGAGCUUGUGGACACCAGGCCUGCAGGAGAUGGAACCUUCCAGAAGUGGGCAGCUAUCAGGGUGCCUUCUGGAGAGGAGCAGAGAUACACCUGCCAAGUGCAGCAUGAGGGGCUGCCUGAGCCCCUCACCCUGACAUGGGAGCCGCCUGCUCACCAUGCCUCUCCCAAAAACGGAAUUGUCAUCGUCCUAAUGAUUGCUCUUCUAGCUGCUGUGGGUUUUAUUCUGUGGAUGAAGAAGAAGAAUGCAGAUUUCAGGGUCCCCAAAGACCACCCAGGAGCCGAAGCCUAUGCAAUCACAUGAGAGUCUUUAUUGCAAGCUCAAGCCUGGGCUCACGAUGGUCACCAACGCUGCGGGUCUGAAUCGUGAGCCCCGACCCUCCAUUCAGCAGGGUUAUAGGGUUUGGGGGAACAUUCUAUGUGUCACCUCACACAGCAAAGCAUAUCACACCGCGGGAAAAUCACAAAACAGCAUAGCAACUCACAGCAAAUCAUUUCAUAUUGCAAGAAAAUUAUAAAAUAAUUCAUAAGAAUGAUUGGCAUAAUCAAUGAUGGGAACGGGCCUGCUGAAGGUGAUUGGCUAGCUUAUGGGGUUCAAAAUGAUUGGUU